AUGGCGGUCGGCGAAUGGUUAGUCUCAAACUUCAAAGGAGUAUGUUUGCUCGGUGAAAAUUCGAAAAGUGUAAACCUGAGCUUUACUUAUGAAGACAAUGAUGCCGUCAAACAAGUACGACCACUCUUCGAGCCUCUGCCACCCUUUACUCCGAAUGAUCACUGUGGCCUCUCAGGUUCGUUAUUUCUCGUUGAUUUCCGUCCUUUCUUAUUUCGUUCAUCUUAUACGCUCGCGGAUUUUAGUUUAAACAUGGUUGAUUUCCUUUGUUGAUUAGAGCACUUCGGUUACACUAGAGAAAAUGAGAAUUCCGCGCGACCCUUUUUAGAUGCAGCCCUCAACUGUCCUAAGUUUAUACCCAAGUUUGGAAUGCUACUUAUUCUGUCGGCUAACUAACUAGACCUAAUAUCUCACUGAAGCCGUUUUAGAACCUAUUUCUAAAAACAAUUUUACCAUAUUUCCCAUUGACAGUGAAAAUGAGCUAACAUUCCCUUGGAAAUCUCUUCCAUACGGCAAAAUUCGUAAAUAUUAGAUUUUUCUUACACUUUCAUGAAUAAGAAGCCGAUUUCGACUCGCAUAUCAUCCGAAGUUUUAAAUAUCUUUUGCACUAUAUGAAGAAGCCGCAAUUUUUCCCUUUACCCAUUUUUCAGUGUUAAAUUUUGUUCAAUCUAGCGGCGUAGCCAGUUUAUAAGCAUCACUCCUUGUCGGCUAGUAACUUUUCUUCAAAGUCAACUGCAAGACUUUACGUGCAUUAUUCUAUUUCUCUGUUAAUCGACACGCACUGAAUUUUCAAACACUUUUUGGCUUGCGAGUUUCACGAUUUCCAAACGGUCAUGUUUUCUGUUUAGCGGUUUUUGGUAAUGACAAGAUUGGGACUUUUGUUGAUGAAAAUUUUCAGCGUUCUUCAGCUAAGAUGGCUUUUUUGUUCUGGAAUAGAACCACUAGGUGAAGUCUUUGCUCCCGAACCAUCCCAACAAGCACCUAUCAAGAAAAUUGACCAGACAGGUUUAGACAGUGACGACGACCCUGAUACCACUGAUGGUGACGAUGGUGUUUGUGAUGUUGACUUUUCUACCUUUCAACCCCUGCCACCGGUUCCUGAUGGACCUUCCAAGCCGAUGGCCCAGUCUGUGGGCUGGCCUUUUACCCCAAGAAAGCCGCGGUACCUCCGAGAAUGCCUGGACGGGCUAACCGCCUCGAGAGACGAAGGCAACGAAGUCGCCCUAGCCUGUUUUGCCUACGCUGAAGAACUCAUAUACAAACAUAGGAGCGCCGUAGAUGAAAUCUCUCUCAAUUUUGCAGAAACUCUUCUCCACACUGAGCCCCCUCCCUGUCCCUACAGCGCUGAAGUAAAUGCGUCCCGACACAAAGCCCUUGUGGCUUUGACUGUUGUAGCGCCAAAGAAGACGGCGCGUUACUUAACCGUUCAGUUUACACACAGUGGUUUGGCUCUGAAUCAACGCUAUGAAAUUCUGGCCUGCCUCACCGACGCAGCCUGCAUUCUGGCCACAGACCCUCACAAAAUCAAGUCGGUUCAAACACAACUUCCACUUAAAACACCUCAGCCAAUUUCGGACGGGAAGACGCGCCGUUUCUGCACACCUGCUUCGGCUUUGGCCCGACCGAUUGAGUCAGAGAACGCCUUUGGGCCUGUCGCAGGUUAUUUCUUUUUCCCCUUGCUCGAUGCUGUGGGACGCUUGACACAGCACCCCGACACGGAUCCAUACGCCCAUCUAGAUGACGCACUCUUAAGUCGCCUGAUCGCCUCGCUAGGUUCAAUUUAUGCUUGUGCGCGUACGGCCCCCAAACUUCCAGCAAUGGCGGAGGGCCUGAUGAUCUCUGCCGGUCGCCUUCUUAAUCACCCGGAUGCCGCGGUGCGCCGUUCUAGCCUUUCUGCAUUGGGAGUUGUGUUAACAGUCAGUCCUGACACCCUCUUCUCUGCCAACCCCAGCAUUUUACUCAACGACUCGGAAGCCUUGUUGGCCAGGAGGUUGCAGCAGUUGCGAGAGAGUGAUGCUGACCAUGAAUGCCAAGAGUUGGCAGAUCAUGUACUUUUCGCUUUGCGCGACAAGAUCCUUGAACUCUCUGUCACCACAAUGUUGACUAGUUCAGAGUAG